AUGCCAAUCGUCCCGAGAGUCAAACCGAAAUCAUCCUCCUCCUCGAACGCGUCUUUCUUCUCUCGAUUGGUCUUCUUCUUCUUCUUCUCAAAAACUCAGCGCACGCAAAUCGUUUGGAAAUCUCUCGGACAAAACAGACGCCCGCUCCUUCUGAUUCUCGCUGCAUUCUUCCUUCACCGCGAAUUCCUCGCUUCGUGCGGCCCACACUCCAAAUACGGGUUCUUGGAAACGCGCGCGUGCCAUAAAAAUGCCUCGGCGAAAGAGGAUUGGAAAACGUCCAAAUUUGGUUUCGAUUUUCUUCUCAAUCGACCACAGAGAGGAGGGAAAAAAUGUUUCGUCGCGAAAGAGGACGAAAAAACGAGCGGGUUUUGUCUGUGCGAUGGGCAUAAAGUAGCCGGUUUGAGAAAUUGCGGCGACCAGGUGGAGAUUGAUUGUCAAAGCGCGUGCAGAGAAGAGAUUGUGGGAAGCAGAGGUGCGAGUAAGAAGCGUCCGCGAUGGAAAGAGUACGGCGGCGGCGCGGAUGUAAAAGAGUGUCCUUUGAAAAAAGUGUUCGAGGAGCGACCGGGUGGCUAUGAAAACGCGAUGAAGAAUACGAAGAGGAUGCACGCGAUGUUUAAAAAAGUGAUCGUGAAGACAAUGCCGAAUGGGUUUUCGUUUACGCUGCCGAGUGAUAGGAGACGAGCGAGUUUGAAGAGAGAUUUCGUGUUGGCCGGGGAACGGCUGGCGAAAGCGCAAGUGGAAGAGAUCCGCGGGAAGACGGAGGCGUACGUGAAGAGCGUCGAGGAGGAGAUUAGUGGUAUGCAAAGAAACAUCGAGGAGUAUUUUGAGAAUCAACGAGGUAUUGUCAUCGUCGGUGGGUCAAAGUAUAGCAUCAAGACGUCGUAUUGGAUAGCCAUACACGCCGUGCGGCGCGCCAAGUCACGAUUACCAAUCGAAUUGUGGUUCCCGGCGAACGAGUUACCUUCCUGCGAAGAUGUCGAAGAUUUAAGGGAUUUAGGCGUUAUCGUUCGCUCGUUUAGCGAGCUCGGGGACGCGUUAAACUUUGCGAGUAAAGGAAAACGCAAACCGAGUCGAUUCGCGUAUAAGCUUUUAGCGCUAACGUUUUCGUCGUUCAAAGAAGCGUUGAGCGUUGACGCGGAUAAUUUGGUGUUAAGAGAUCCAGAGACGAAACUAUUCAACAGUGAGGAGUAUAAAAGAACCGGGGCGGUGUUGUGGCGAGACUUCUGGAGAGAUUCGAGCGCGCCGGAUGCGCGAUUGGCCCUUUUUGGAGACGAAAAUGCGCCUUCGUGGCCAAAGUUUACGCACGAGAGCGGCCAAAUGCUCGUCGAUAAGAGUAAACAUUGUAACGCGUUGUUUUUAGCGUUAUAUUUUAACGCGUUCGAUCAUAUCUUCUACCCUUUGUUCGGUGGGUUCAUGGGUAUCGGUGAUAAAGAGGUAUUCGCCGUAGCCAUGCGCUACUUCAAAGACGACUUCACCAUCGUGCCACACGACCCGGACCACGUGGGCAUUCGAGACGGUUCGAACGGAAACAUCUUCGGAAAUACAAUGUUGCAUCGCGACUUAAACGGUGACCCGUUGUUUUUACACGCGAAUAAAGGGAAAAUGACCAACCAUGUUCCAGAUUUCGCCGAUUUUUCCUCGACGAAGUACAUCCGAAGGUGGGAAGAGAGCGCCUUUCUCGGCUCCAAAGUCGUUCGCGUGAUCAACGAAGCCACGGGAGAGCACGAUUUUGAGCAAUGGAUAUUUGAUUUAGUUUCCAAGAACAAGUUUAAGUUUGGUGACGCGAGCGAUGCGUAUUACGACGUUUUGAGCGAAGAAAGCGGUCGCGGCAGUUUGUUGGAUGGGAUGUAUUUGAACGAUUACCUGCAAAAUCCAGGCGUUAUGUUCUUACACAGUAACUUGCAUUCGUAA